UGGGCAUGUGUUUGAGACACUGGUAGGGACUCUUGUAAAAAGAAGACAAGACAAUCGAAGACCAAAGAUAAAAUAAUUAGCCCUUUAAUUUUAAGAAAUAUUAGGGCUAUUUUAAAUGAUUGCCAAUUUGUUGGAAUAUUUAAAUGUAGGGUGCGUUUUCCAGAAGUCGAUAGACUUUUUGGUAUAGGAACUUUAGUCAAUUGAAUUUAGCUCGAGUGAAAAAAAAAAACAUCGGUAGGUGGACGAAAUGUUUCAGUUUGUGCAUUUAUCUCAAAAUCCGUAAACGCGCUUUCAUUUCACUGCGCGUGAAACAGAGGGGCAAGGUGAACCUAUGACAUUGCACAUACACUGAGACUGGGGCUGCAAAUGGGCGGCAUAGGUGGCAAUCUUUACCUCAGUAUGUUGAAUGGGACUGAUACGCAAACUUUCGGAAAAGACACCGAUAUCAACAAUCACCUUCAACGCAGAAAGAAUUCCGUGGAUUUUAAAAUGGGAAUUCAGGACACCAGAUUAUAUCACCAAGACUCAAUUCAAAACGGACAGGACGGAUCGGCACUGCCGUACCACGCAGACCAAACUGUGGCUGGAUACGGAGCGCAACCCGGGAGGUUUUACUCACCAACUCCCCACAAUAGCUGCCAUUUCAGCAGUGUCCGGUCGCCGACUAGAAACGGAACGGGACAGACUUAUUUACCAACGGGAAGCGAAGGUUUCUCGACAACUAGCAAAGAAGUUUACCCUGCCUCUGCGGAGAGUUAUCCCGCACCCGUUCAACAUGGGUACUAUCGCGCGCCACUCUACCCGUUACCUGGGCUACAGGUGUGCGGGAAGACGCAGGCUCUCCUCAACAACUAUCCUCUGUGGGCGAAGUUCCACAAAUAUCAAACCGAAAUGAUCAUAACGAAACAGGGGCGGAGGAUGUUCCCCUUCCUGAGUUUCAACAUCAGCGUUCUGGACCCGUCAGCCCACUACAAUGUGUAUGUGGACGUGGUCCUAUCCGACCAGCACCACUGGAGGUACCAGGGAGGCAAGUGGGUCCAGUGUGGCAAAGCAGAGGGUAACAUGCCAGGGAACAGGAGGUAUAUGCACCCAGACUCCCCCAACACAGGGGCUCACUGGAUGAGGCAGGAGGUGUCCUUUGGCAAGCUCAAGCUCACCAACAACAAGGGCAGCGCCAACAACGUGGGGCAGAUGAUCGUUCUGCAGUCGCUUCAUAAGUACCAGCCACGGCUGCACAUCAUCGAAGUGAAGGAGGAUGGUUCUGAGGACCUCUUCCUCACCGCCAAGGCCCAGACCUUCGUCUUCCCAGAGACCCAAUUCAUAGCCGUCACAGCCUAUCAGAACGCAGACAUCACCCAGCUGAAAAUAGACCAUAACCCCUUUGCUAAAGGUUUCCGGGACAAUUAUGACGCGCUGUACGCACCGCCUGACUCGGACCGUGUCACCCCCUCUCCCACCGAGGGCCAGCAGCUUUUGGCAGGUACCUGCUAUACCCAGGGGUACCUGAUGGACCAGUACAUGAACCCUCUGCCCCAGAACCGCUUCUACAGCCGGGAGCACAUGGCAGCCAUGGGCCAUCAGACCAAAGACCCCUCAGCCAGCCCCCACAGCCGCUGGUACCUCUCCCCCCAGCAAAGUGUCACCUCCAACCGGCUGGACUUCAACUCCUAUGAGGGUGACUUCUCCAGCAACAGCUUCUACAAGCCCUUCCCCCUGCAGACAUCGGCCCACCACACGCUGAGCUAUUAUGAGGACAGCCCGUUCGCCACGGCCAGCGGAUCCGUCUCAGGAGCCUCCUCGGCAGCCUGGAGCACCGGCCGGCCCUCCCCUCAGUACCUCAACCAUCCCUGUCCCAGUAAAGUCGGCCCCAGUCUAGGCUGGUUCAGGCCUGUGUCCUCUACCUCUCCAGGUCACCCCAGGCUCCACCCCCCGUCCCUCCUGGAGCCACUCCGCCCCCCACCAUCGCUGCAGGACAAGCCCAAGGAGGCGGGGGUGGGGGGAGAGGACCCCUGGCUGGAACCCCCCUCGGUCAAAUCGGUGGACUCUGCUGACUCCGGCCUGUUUGAGGGCGGGGCAGAGGGCAAGAAGCGGCGAGUGUCACCCUACGCUUCCAGCACGGAGAACUCGCCGCCCACCCGCAGCGUGGAGGUCUGUGAAAAGGACUGCGGUAGUGAUGCCGGCUACUACGGCUUUUAUUCCCACUGAAGCCACCCACCCACCACAUAAAUACCCUCUCCUAGUGUCCCCCUCCUGUCCUCUUUGUGCUUUGGUAUCUCCGUCAUGGCCGUGUCUCUCUGCCUGUCCCAUGAAGUCAUAUAAUGGUGCUGGACUGAAGCUCCAUUGGCCACAGAACGCCAACAUCACAGAUGGGCCAGGUAAAUGGCACCUCAGCCAUUUUGACACAUACAGACAGACUGGACCUCUCGACAACCCAAAAGGGAGGCUACUCUAAGGUUGUGUUUGGUUACGUGUUUGAGGACAAGGACCUCCUAAGGUCAGACAGGAACACUUUGAACAUCACUGUUAAUGUGUGCGAGGGCCAAAGUGCAAAGGUGAUUUGACUGGGUCCACAGACACUGCCCUAGAAACAUACAGACACACAGACCUGUGACUUAAGUCUUUUUAACGUUUGGGGAUGCAAAAAUAAGAUGUCUGCACACCUGCUGACAGACCCCUGCAGGGACUGUCCAGUCUUUCCCCAUCACACUCACACACAGACACACGCUCUCGCUCACACACACACACACACACACUCACACACACACACACACACACACACUAUUCUCCAGCUCUACUUUUAGUAUAUGCUCGCGGUCACAUGACCCAAUGUAAUGAGACGCAGACACGAUUGGUUGUAUGUUAAUAACAAAACGGAAUCGUUUCUGUCUAAUCCUCUGUCUGAGGAGUUUGGAACUCCCCCUUGUGACAGCAGUGAAGAACUGCAGGCUGAUGGCGAGCGCGCAGGCGAGAGCAGAGGCCAGCGUCAGGUGUUAGAGGUGAGGGGAGCUUAGCGAGCACAUGACCUGAAGGGUCAAGGCUAAUCAGCAUCAAGGCUGACGGGCCAGUCUUCCUGUGAGCUACUACCGCCUACAGCAGGUCUGUCAUUUUGAACAACUCAGCCUUAGCAGCCAAUCCAAAGACUCACAACACAAUGGAAAUCAGCAUAUCUCACAGACAAUCUGAGACAACUACAAAAGUGCUUAAUUAAAACGUGAGCCAGUCAGACAACACAGACCCGAAAUCAUUACCCAUGUCGUAUACAGCGUACAGUCAGAAGACACAUUAUAUAAUUAUGAUAUAAUCACACUUAUUAAGUGACAGGCCAGCCAUGAAAACAUGACUCACAAACACAGUCACUCACUCACACUGGAAGGUGACCAAAACAAAUCCACUUUUGAGUUUUUUUUAAAAGACAAUGGGUCUGUGUGUCUACAGUCAGCCCUGCUGGCAAUGAUUGAAUAUACUUAAUGUAAGAUAUAAAUAAAUAAAAAAACGUUUUUUAUCCUACUUACAUAUACUGGAUGUUAAUUUUGUUAACCUCCUCAAGGUGUUUUUAUAUUAUUAAUUCAUUAAUUGUACAGAUGCCAACUUUCAAAGGGAAAUUCUGCCAUUUUGUGUCAGGCUAAACUGCCUUUCUACAAACAAACAGAGAAGCUGGUUUUCCUAUGGGAAGGCGGAAGAAAUCAGUAAUUCUCUGACAUAAAACUGGAGCAACAGGAUGGAGAAGACAAUCAGAUCUGUGGUAUUGCAGAACUCUGUAAAUGAAAUAUGUUCGCUAACAGAAAGACACCUUCCCUAAACAGAGCUUAGCAUAAUGUGACUUUGCUGUGACACCAUCAUAAUGCAAUAAUGCCACAGCACAGAAAAGGUCAUUGGACUGACUUCAUGUGCUACAAAAGGGGAAAGGGAAUCAACUGGAAUUUAAAAAGUCUAGCUAUAGAUGUUUUCUUAUGUAGAGUUGAUCAUAUGCUGGACACUGUAUAGAAAUAUGAUAUUGCUAACAUGAGUCUCUUCCUGAAAAGUUUAUUUUUACCCUUAAGCAGUUUAAAUGAAUGAAAAAGGGACUUCAUUAUUACAGUUGUUUGUUAAGAGGUGGACAAUUCGUUGUUAUUUAAGUGCAAUUAAAAUGAGAUGUGAAUUAACUUUUUAUUUAUAAGGUGUUCAAUAUUGCAAGAGCAAAUGAAAAACAUUGAUUUGAUCAAAUGCUUGGAAAAUGUGUAGAAAUUUUUAUACUCUGUAUCUUGCGUUACAUGAUUUUGUAUGUGACGCUGUCUGGCACUGAACCUGCAUUAACAUGACUGCUAGUGAGUUGAGAGAAAUAGAUCAUUCUGUCUGUAUGUGGUGUAAACUCCUCAGGACUGCCUCCUAGUGUACAUCUCCUUACAAUAAACAAAACUAACUCCUGCCAAUAGAAAUAUUCUAUAAACAAUCCAUAACCCAUGAUUCUUUGCCAUCCUUUUAUUAGAAUUAAGUUGUGAAUGGGAAAUGUAGUCCAGUCUUGAUGACUUAAAAAGCUCAAAGAGAAUAAGGAUGGGGUAGACUUGAAAGGUCAAAUUCUCCAUCCAACAGUUGGAUAGUGAAGCAUGUUGGUUUGUGUUUAAUGUGGACUGUUUGUCUCCAGGAUAGGGCACCUUGCCUUCAGUCUGUGAAAUUGCCUGUCCUUAAAUUGUAAAGUUGUAUAAAUCAUUGAUUAACUCAAUCGGUCCCAGAAGGCUGUAAAGAAUGAAUAGACUGAUGAUCCAGGAAUGCAGUAGAGAAAUGUUAAAUAUUGUACUAAAUUAAGAAUUUUAAAUAUUGUCUUUGCUUUAUUCUAAUGUAAUAAAGACUCGAAUAGCAGAAAACAUUGAA